AUGUGUUACUCUGACAAGGAUAUAUGGGAGAUGGGUUACUCUGACAAGGAUAUAUGGGAGAUGGGUUAUUCUGACAAGGAUAGAUGGGAGAUGGGUUACUCUAACAAGGAUAUAUGGGAGAUGGGUUACUCUGACAAGGAUAUAUGGGAGAUGGGUUACUCUGACAAGGAUAGAUGGGAGAUGGGUUACUCUGACAAGGAUAGAUGGGAGAUGGGUUACUCUGACAAGGAUAGAUGGGAGAUGGGUUACUCUGACAAGGAUAGAUGGGAGAUGGGUUACUCUGACAAGGAUAGAUGGGAGAUGGGUUACUCUGACAAGGAUAGAUGGGAGAUGGGUUACUCUAACAAGGAUAGAUGGGAGAUGGGUUACUCUAACAAGGAUAUAUGGGAGAUGGGUUACUCUGACAAGGAUUGA